AUGGAAGGACAGCAGACUGAGACCCAGGACAACAAUGACCCCAUCUUCGCCGAUCUCGGAGCCGAUGAGGGACCCACGCGCAUCGAGAGCCUCUGCAUGAACUGCCACGAGAACGGCAUGACCAAUCUCCUUCUCACCAAGAUCCCCUCGUUCAAGGAGAUAAUCCUCAUGUCCUUCCAUUGCAAGCACUGCGGCUUCCGUAACAACGAGAUCCAAUUCGGCGGUUCCAUCGCCGAACGGGGCUGCAUCUACAAGCUGGUGGUCACCGACAAGGGCGAUCUCAACCGCCAGGUGGUGAAAUCGGAUGCAGCCAGCAUCUACAUUCCGGAAUUGGAUUUCGAGAUUCCGCCAUUGACCCAGAAGGGAACGCUCAACACGAUCGAGGGAUUCCUGAUGCAGGCCAUCGAGGGUCUCAACCAGGGCCAGGAGGAGCGAAGGGCAGCGGCACCCAAUGUGGCGGCCCAAAUCGACGCUUUCACCGCCAAGCUCGAGGAGCUCAAGCACGGAGGCAAGAAGUUCACCUUCAUCAUCGACGAUCCUGCCGGCAAUUCGUUCGUCGAGAACCCGUCCGCCCCCGCUGCCGACCCCAACCUCACCAUCACCCACUACGAGCGCAACCGCGAACAGAACCGUGCUCUCGGCAUCUCGCAGGCACGGCGAGGACGAAGAGGAGGAGAGGAGGAGGAGGAAGGCCAGAAGGAGGCGAAGAAGAGUGGCGGCGGUGGACUCCUGUCCGGUGCCGAUGCCGAGGCGCUGGUCAAGCGCGCGGAGGAAGGCGGCGCCGAACACCUCGAGGAGGUGAUGAAGUUCCCGGAGACCUGCGGCCUGUGCGGCAAGCGCGGCGAGACGCGCAUGUGCGUGGCCCACAUCCCCCACUUCAAGGACGUCAUCAUCAUGGCCUUUAUGUGCGAGGCCUGCGGCUACAAGUCCAACGAGGUCAAGUCCGGCGGCGCCAUCGCCCCCAAGGGCUGCAAGAUCACUCUGCGCCUCACCAACGCCGACGACCUCAACCGCGACGUGCUCAAGUCCGAGACCGCCGGCCUCGAGAUCCCCGAGCUCGAGCUGGGCCUCGUCCCCGGCACCCUCGGCGGCAAGUUCAGCACCAUCGAGGGCCUCCUCACCACCAUCCGCGACGACCUCAAGAACAACCCCUUCCUGCGCGGCGACAGCGCCGCCUCCGCGGGCCGUAUGGUCUCGCUCAUCGAGGGCCUCGACGACCUUCUGGCCUUCCGAAGCGGACCCUUCACGCUGGUGCUCGACGACCCGGUGGCCAACAGUUACCUCCAGAACAUCUACGCGCCCGACGAGGACCCCAACAUGACCGUCGAGGAGUACGAACGCUCGUGGGACCAGAACGAGGAUCUCGGCCUCAACGACAUGAAGACCGAGAACUACCGGGAGGACGGAGAAGAGGACGAUGACGACAAAGGCGACAAGGAGGCCGAAGCCAAGUCGAACGAGGAAGUAAAGCCCGCUGAGACCCAGCAGCCAUGA